AUGGCUCGACUCGCAUGUAGCCUCACCUUCCUCGCUCUGGUGAUGAGCAGUUAUGCUCACACCAUUGACGAGAGCAAGUUCAAACCGGAAGAUAUAAUCACCAGGGACGUCGCAAUCGUUGGUGGGGGGGCAUCGGGAACAUACGCAGCUGUUCGUCUCAAGGACCAAGGCAAAACAGUCGCGCUGAUAGAACGUGAUGAUCAUCUGGGUGGUCAUGUCAACACGUACUCUGAUCCCAUCAGCGAAACCCCCAUUGACUAUGGUGUCCUCGCCUACCUCGAUCUGCCUGGUAACAAAGAGUUCUUCGCGCGCUUCAAUGUCUCCGUCGAGCCUGCAACAAACCCACCUUGGCAGAGUGUGUAUGCGGAUUUCACAACCGGGGAGGUGGUACCCAAUUACCCAAGUCCAGAUGAAGAAGCAUUGGGGGUCGCACUAGGUACAUAUGCUCAAGUUGCGGCUCAAUACAAUGACUACAUCUUCCCUGGACUGGAAAAGUUAGCGGCUGGGCCCAUCCCGGAAGACCUAUCCAUGACAUUUGGUAACUUUAUACGAAAGUACAACCUAAGCGCCGCAAUGCCUGUCAUUUGGACUUUCACACAAGGCACCGGCAACAUUUUAAACGCACCAACAGCGUUUGUGAUGCGUGACUUCGGUGCCAUUCAUGUCCAGAAUCUCCUCUCAGGCUCUUUCUUCGUCCCUAGCUCUCAUAAUAACAGCCAACUCUAUGGUGCUGCUCUCCAAUACCUUGCGGCAGAUUCGUUGCUCUCAAGCAAAGUGGCGCUUUCGAAUCGAGACGAAAAUGGAGUCAAGCUCAUUGUCAAGAGCUCAAGCGGAGAGAAACUCGUCAAGGCAAAGAAGUUGAUCAUCACCAUUCCGCCAACCAAAGACAACAUGUACCCCUUUGACUUCGAUAAAUCAGAAACGGAGCUGUUUUCCAGAUGGCAGUACAUGAACUCUUACGUUGCCAUCUUCAGCGGUUCAGAUCUUCCCGACGGACUUACAAUUGUCAAUACCUCCCCAGACACCUCAAGCUUCAACUUACCAACGUCAAGCGACAGCUUUCUAUGGCGCUAUUACUUUACUGGCACCCCGGGGCUAUACCAGUGUCAAGUUGUCGCGGCUCCUACACUGGGCAAACAGAGUGCGAAGGACCUAAUCCGUGACGGUUUGAGAAAACUGGACACUGCAGGCACUUUUGCGACUAAGAGAAUCGAUUUUGUUGCAUUCGCGGAUCAUAACCCUAUUGAGUUGCGCGUCUCACAAGACGACCUCAUUAACGGCUUCUACGGAAACUUGUAUGAACUUCAGGGCAAAAAGAGCACUUGGUUCACCGGCCAGGCAUGGGCUUCAGAUUAUACUAGCAUAUUAUGGGUCUUCACAGAAAUGAGCAUUCUACCAGCUAUAUUAGCCGCUUAA